CGAGGCGCGCGGCCUUCACGGCCACCGUAGUGAGCGCCGUUAGGAGCGGGGCGGGGGAAAUUUAAACGGCGGCGGAGCGCCGCGGGGCGGCGUCAGGUGACUGAAAGCUUCCUAAGCAAAGAAGUCAGCUAUGUGGUGUCCAGCAAAAAAGAAGCCAAACGAAGCAGAUCCAGGGCUUGGACUGAAAAGAGGGGUAACGUGACCUCAGAGGAUACAAAAGCCCACAGCUCAGCACCUUCCUCCUCCAAAGAGAAUCACACCAGGCCUCAGCAGAAGCCACCAGACACUGCCCUGAUCAGCAGGGGAAGGGAGCUGCUGCAGAAGGCCAUGAAGAAUCAGGUGAGCAGCACGUGGCCUGGCUUUCCUUAAGCUGAGUGUUCAAAGGACUGCUGAGCAGUGCAGAACCAGUGCCAGGUUCUCUCGGAGCCCCUCCUGCUGAGGGGAGCAGACUGGGGCUGGUAACAGUACGAUUCUGUCCGAUGGUUCUGUGAAGUUGGUGGUUCUGCAGGAUGCUGUGCAGUGCUUCUUCACAGAGCCACACCAUCCUUCCCUGGUAGCUGCUUCCAGGGUCUGUCCCAACAAUCUGGUUGCUCCACAUGAGAGAAUUGUUAACACAGGACCAUAAUUAGGUGAAAUUUUAGAACUAAAGACACGUUGCUAGAGCAGUGGGGUCGGUCAGUGACCACUUAGGAAGCUCACAUGGUAAGAAUUAAAACUCUGAGCUGUGUUCUGCUGUCCAUUUGUGGUAGGUAGAGAGGAAUUUAAACCUUCUGUGCUCUGAAGCUCACGUGCUAAUAACUCCCACGCUUUGCUCUGUCAGUUGGGCAACAAGAAAACCCCACUGAAAUGGGUUUGUUGCUGCUUGGAGCUGUUCCCUGCCAAACCUCUCUGUUUGCACAGGACACCUGCAGCGGCAGCAGCAUCCUCGCCAACGCUCGCUUGUGGGGAGUCCAGAUUGUGCAUGUGGAUGAAAUGUUGUCAUACGCUCAGCAGUUGCUGCGUGCUGCCUCGGGAGCAUGGAAGCAGAGGACAGAGGCACAGUGCCCCGUGUCAGGAGCUCACAAAGCAGGAAAACUGAAGCCCCCUUUUCUGAAGGUUGAAGACCAGAGCAGGCAAUUCCGGCCCUUCCACCAUCAGUUCAAGAGCUUUCCUGACCUCAACCUCCUGGCACCCAAGGGCUCCAGCCCCUUUGAGCCUCCGAAGAACCUCUCCAAUUCCUGCAGGGCCAGGGCUGUGGAGGGCAGCAAUGGGGAGAAGAGCCCCAGGUCCACAGCGGUGCCGAAGAAGAGGAAGGGAUUUUGUGAGUGCUGCCAGGAGACAUUCGAAGAGCUGCAGAAGCACCUGCAGAGCCCUCAGCACAGACGCUUUGCCCUGGAUGACUCUCAUUACGCCUUGGUGGAUCGUGUCAUCUCACAGCUCACCAGCAGCAUCACGGGGCAGCUGCCCAGGGUGCCGCUGUCCUGCCUGACAGAUGAACACUCAAUGCCUCAAGCACAACGUGCUGCAGGAGCCGAGGUGCUGACAGCAGUGCUGGGGGAGGAGAGACAGCAGGGAGCUGUGGGGCUGCUGAGUGCUGAUCCUGACCCUGACAUUGAGGGAUGCUCCUCCUGUCUGCCCAGGGAUGGGGUCAGUGAUCCCACAGAAGCAGAGGAACCGAUGGGGAGCUGCCCUUUAGAGCUGCCUGUUGGAUCCAGGGCAGCAACUGCUGCUCCAUCUGAACCCCAUAGACUUCUGCACACCCCUCCUGCCUGCAGGAAGCGCCCGCUGUGCCCCACUCAGCCCACCCCGCUGGGGAAGAAGCCCCGAGUGGAGCUGGGGGCCAUCCCCACUCCCAGCCCUGUGUUCCCACACACCCCUCCAUGCAGCACAGCGGCUCCCUGGGACUUUGUGCUGAGUUCUGUGUCAGACUGGGAUGUCCCAUUGGUCCACACACUGCUCCAGGACAGUGGGAUCCGCUCUAUGGACAAAGACCUGCUCCAAAGGACACACAGCAGCGUGCGGGACAGCGGGUACGACUCACAGCUCUGCCUGGUGCUGCGGCAGAACUCGGACAGGAGCUGCAGUGUGGGGAGCAGAGCUGCCUUUCCCCCAGUUUCAGACCUUUUUUGGCAGCUGGACUAAAUCCAUCCACCUCCUGCCCCUUCCCUGGGCCUUCAGUGGGAGCUGGGCAGUGCCCCACACCUCCUGGGGGUGAUACAUCUUCAACCAGUGCCUGCUGAUAGUGAGGUGAUAUGGGAUGAAACGUUCUGCCCCAGCCCCUGCGAGGACACAGCGGUGCACUGAGCUGAGCUCACUGCAUCACCCCACAGCAGCAGGGGCGCAGCUGUGCAUCCUCCUUGCAGCCAUUGGGUUCUGCAGUGGCUCCCUCCUGUUGGGAUCCAUGGGGUGGCUGGUCCCCUCACCAUCUUCGCCCUGGCUACGGCUGUGGUUGGGCUGGUUGUACUUACAGAUGGUUUUUACUGCCCCUAAACUGUCGGGUUUGUUUUUUUAAUUGUCUUUUUCCCCCCUGUUUUUAGUGAACUUUUAAUAAAAUGAAGGAACAGAGAGA